AUGACUACUCCAAAUUAUUCAAUGAAACAACAACAAUAUUUAAAUAGGCAACCAGGAAAUAAUGAGACAUUGUUGGCUAUGAGAAAGCACCGUUCUCUGGAUAAUGAUCAAUUUUUACUUAUGCAACAACAACAAAAUUUGAGUCCCAGCAACAAUAUGCCUUUAUCAAGUGCACCUCCAAAAAUGAAUUUAAUUAAAAAUCGAGGACAACAACAAAUUUCAAAUUCUUUAAAUUAUUACAAGCAAAAUAAUGUUGGAGGAAAUGAUUAUUAUUUUCAAAAUCAAAAUUAUUUUUGCGAUGGGCAACAAAAACAAAUACAACAAAAUCAGCCAAGCCUUUUUGAUACCAAUGUUUCAAAUGACAAUUUAAUGUGGAAUUUAACAGCUUUCCAACCAAUAACUUCACAAACUUUUCUUCAAGAGUUUGACCCUCUCCAAUUACAAAAAGAAUUGUUAACAAUUUGUGAUCAUUAUAAUAAUUUAAUAUCGUCUAUUCACUCAUUUUGGAUCCCAAAACUUCAAUUUGAAAAACAACAAAAAGAAGAGUUGGAAAUUAAAAAAGAAAAGUUGGAGAGACAAUUGGUCCAAUUGCAGUCUCAAGCAAAUAUUUUUGGUGCCAAACAUUCAAUUAAUCAAGGUGAAAAUGCUGGAAAAAAUCAAAACAAUUCCUCUACCCAAAUACGUGAUUUUACUGAUCAUUCAAUAACUUUACACGAAUUUAAAACUUUAAAAGCAAAACUGGAACAAAGUGAAAUUUGUUUUUCUGAAUGUAGUAGAGAGUUGCAGAAUGUUGAAUUGAAGGCAAAAUGUUUGGAAGAAGAAAAGAAAGAAGCAGAAAGAAGAAUAGAAAUAUUAUCUAGAAAUAAUUUGGAUUUUGAAGAACAAUUAAAAUUAUUAAAUGAAGAUUUGAAUGUAUUAAGAAAUAAAUUGGAAUUAAAAAAUCAACUGUUGGAAAGUCGAGAAAAGGCAACAAAAAAAUUGGAGGAAGAAAAGGAAGAAUUAAAAUUUGAAUUGAAGGAAGAGAAAAAGAAUUUAAAUGAGUCAGAGCAUCGUUCAUCCCAACUUUUACAUAAAAUUGAUCAGAUGGAACGUCUACAGCGUGAAAAAGACGCACAGCUUGAACAUUUAAAGCAGAGAAUUUUGCAGCAGCCCGGCACCCGUGCAGAAAAACUUUUGGAAGAUAAAAUUGAAAAUAUGUUGGAAGAAAGGAGUAAAUUGGAACAAAUUAUUGAGCAAAUACAAAAACAAAAUGAUAUUGAACGUCAACAACAAUUGGAAAGAUUUUUGUCCGAAAGAGAACAAUUACAAUUGGAUAUAGCUUAUUUAAAGUUUGGAUCCGAGUACUCUGCUCGAUCUCUUUCUUAUUUGCCUAAAUUUUAUGGACUUAUUGUUAGUUUGGAACUUGGUCAAAGCCGUAAAGAAUUAGCUGAUCGUCAUAUGCUUAUAGGUUCACAAAGUGAAAAAAUAUCUCAAUUUAAUUGUGCUUUUAAAAAUUUUAAUUUAAAAAAAGAAAACGAAGAAUUAAACGAAGAAGAAAAAAUAAAUUUUCAAAAUUUGUCAGAAUUGGAAUUAACACACCAAGAAAUUGAACGUUUACUUAAACGUAUUGUACAAUUGGAAAAGGACAAAUCUGAGUUAAUUGAAGCUUUUAAAAAAUCUGAUAAAUUUGUUGGAAUUGAUGAAAGUAAUGAUCUUCAUAAAAUGGCAUUAUUAUCAGAAAAUCGUGAUGAAUUGUCAAUAAAUAUAGAUGAAAGAAUUCUUGGGUUUAAACAAAGAAUUUUGGAUUUGGAGGAGGCAUUAAAAGAAUCUGUGGAGUGUACAACUGAAAAAGAAAAAGUUUUGAAUGAACAGAAAAAAUUAAUUGAAAAAUUGAAUGAACAGAUUGGAAAAAUUUUUGAAUCUGGUGGAGGAGGAGGAAAUACACUUAUACAUCAGCAACAACAAAAUGAUCAAUUGGAAAAAACUCAAAAAUUAUUGGAAGAGGAAAAACAAUUGAGGCAACGACAAAUAUCAUCCCUGAGAAAAGAAUUUGGAAUGGCAUUAAUUGCAGAAAAAGAAUCAGCAAUAAAUUUAAUAUUAAAUUCAUGUCCUUCAAUAGAUUUAAUACCUGGAUUAAGAGAAAAAUUGGAAAUAUUACAAAAACAAAAAGAAGCAAUUAAACAUUCUCUUUUAAUUAUUGAUGAACAACAAAAACAACAAAAUUUUGGAGUUGAUGGAAAAAUGAUUAAUUUAAAUCAGAAAAAGGUACUCACUCCUCCAAGUCAAACAGUUCCCCCACAAAAAUUUAAUAAUACAAAUAUCCAGCCUGGAAGGCCUAUAACUUCCUUAUCAGCAACAACCCCAUAUACUCAACCUAUUCGAAUUUUAACAAAUAAUAAUGAAUUGUAUUUUAAUAAACAAAAUGGUUUUGGUGGUAGUGGUGGUAAUUAUGGAAUGUCUGCACCUGCUUCUUUUAAUUUUGAAGAAUUUGAAAAUCAGUUGGUGGAUGAGGAAGGCAUCUGGGCAUAA